CCCGGCGGCCACCAUGUCCCAGACCAAAACACUGAAGGUCCGCGGGACCCUCGUCUGCAUCCUGGCGGGCAUCGUACUGGCCAUGGUGGCCACGGUGACAGACCACUGGGCCGUGCUGAGCCCCCGGGUGGAACACCAGAAUGGCACCUGCCAGGUGGCCCACUUCGGCCUCUGGCGCCUUUGUAUCAAGCGCAUUGCCGUGAUCGACAGCAGGGACAAGAGCUGCGGACCCAUCUCCCUGCCUGGGGAGAAAAACUGUUCCUACUUCAGGCAUUUUAAUCCAGGCGAGAGCUCGGAGAUCUUCGAAGUCACCACUCAGAAAGACUACAGCAUCUCGGCAGCCGCCAUCACCAUCUUCAGCCUGGGCUUCAUCAUCCUGGGGACCCUGUGCGUGCUCCUAUCCCUCAGGAAGCGGCGGGACUACCUGCUGAGGCCCGCGGCCAUGUUCUACGCCUUUGCAGGUCUCUGCAUCUUCGUGUCGGUGGAGGUGAUGCGGCAGUCGGUGGCGCGCAUGGUGGCCAGCGAGGACACCGCGUGGAUGCAGCACCGCUACGCCUGGUCCUUCGCCUGCGCCUGCGCCGCCUGCGCCCUGCUGGUGCUGGGGGGCCUGGCGCUGCUGGCCUGCUCGCUGCCGCGGAUGCCCCGCAACCCCUGGGAGUCCUGCAUGGACGCCGAGCACGAGCACUAG